AGUUCCAACUAUCCCAUGAACGCAGCAUCAGAGCUGCUAGUCAUAAUUUCGUGUCGCGUCUAAAAACUACAUUUGCAUUCUCGCCUUGUUCACGCCUCCUAGCAGUUCUUCUUGACAUUGAGGGAGUUAUGUUAACGCCCCGGGUGAAGCGGGUUAGCAUUGAUUGUAUUCGUUUUGGAAACCGCGUUCGAGCCAGGUGAUCCGUUUUGGCCGACGGCGAAGUCGGCUCAAAACAAAAGUGAUUUGAUGUGAAAUGCUGACUUGUGAGAAAAAAUGAAUAAGCACAACAUGACCACUGAGAAAGGCAUUCCCAGUAAUUCCAGGGUGCUGAUGUUGUUUGGCCAGCUGGAGAAGCUGAACAGGGAGUCCAUGCUGGUGGACCCUGAGAUCGCCAGGCAGAUCACUGCCAAGGUCCUUCACCUCAUACAGACUCAAGAGAAGACACGGAAGGAGAUCAUGUCCAAGGCCUCCAGUGGCAUGGAGGUUAUCCUGGCGACUUUGGAGAACACACAGGAUCUGCAAACUAUCCUGAACAUUUUGUACAUUCUGAAUGAGCUGUUAACCGUGGGUGGGGGUCGCAGGAUUGGUGUGUUUGUGUCCAAGGGUGGCACAGGCAUCUUGCUGCAGCUGGUCAUCAGAGCCAGUAAAGAGUCUCCCCCUAGCGAGGAGUUCAUGCUGCAGCUCCACUCAGUCCUGGCCAAGGUUGGACCAAAAGACAGGAAGUUUGGUGUGAAAGCCCGUCUGAACGGAGCUCUAAACGUCACUGUGAACCUGCUCAAACAAAACCUACAGAACCACAAGCUGCUGCUGCCCUGUCUGCUGGUUCUACAGGUCUACUCCUCCAACACUGUGAAUGCUGUGUCCCUGGGGAAGAAUGGAGUGCUGGAGCUCAUGUUCAAAAUCAUCGGACCCUACAGCAAAAAGAACACCAGUCUGCUGAAAGUAUCCCUGGACACACUGGGGGCCUUGCUCAAAUCCAAGACGAACGCCCAGCGGGCGGUGGUCCAUGUGCCAGUGCUGCUGUACAUCUAUCAGGAUUGGCACCGCAACGACACGCGCCACCGCCACAUACUCAUCCGCAAGGGCAUCCUGGGCUGCCUGAAGAACAUCACCAACAUCAAGCUGGGCCGCAAGGCCUUCAUCGACGCUGAUGGGAUGAGGAUCCUCUAUAACACCUCCAAUGAGUGCCUGCCAGUGAGGACUCUGGACCCUCUGAUCAACACCUCCAGCCUCAUCAUGAGGAAGUGCUUCCCCAAGAACCGCCUCCCUCUGUCCACCAUCAAGAGUGUCUUCCACCACCAGCUGCUUCGUGUACCCGCAGGAGGGCCAGUCGCUCAGCUCUACAACCAGCCACUGGGGGGAGGACCAGUUCUACACCAAGCCCCCAUGGGGUGUUUGAUGAUGAUGUUUUCCCCUCUGCAGAAUGAUGACGUAGAAACGGACAUCAAUAAACUGACACCAAAAGAGACCCAUAGCAGGCCGUUUGAAGAGCUGAAGAUCUAUGAGAGAUUUUUUUAUGGAGCUCUCAGAGGAUUUCCAGGACGGCCACCCCAGCAGCUCCCAAGUCUCACCGCCCAAUCAUCGUUCCCACCGCCCAGGCCCUGCCCCCGAAAACCCCCACUGCUGCCCCCCUUCAGGGGGAGUGCCCCCAUCCGUCCCCAGUCCCUGCCCUGGGCCUUGACACCAUCAACAUCACCAAGGACCGGCUGUGACCACACCCACAGCCGAUCCCACCCUGGGGCGGGGCUGGAGCAGGAGCUGGUGCAGGGACUGGAGCGGGUGGCCCUGGAUGGGGCUGGACCUCAGGGCGGAGGAGGAGGGGUCAACAAGCACAAUAGACAGCCCCCAAUACUGGCUGGGGGUGUGGCUGCCCGACUGGGGGGAGAGGGUGAGGAGAUGUCAGCGGAGGACUGGGCUGAGGAGGAGGAGAGCGGCGAGGGGGCAGUGCUGCAUGUGCCGGACACGGCCUUGCUCCUGCCGCUCCACGACCCUGACCUGUACGUGGAGAUGGUGAAGAGCACACGCUCUGUGCCACAGUUUUCCGAGGUGGCCUACCCAGACUACUUUGGCCACGUGGCGCCCACCUCCCGAGAACACAUCCUGGAGAGGGUCUACGGCGUGCAGAGGACUAAGAUCUUCCAGGACAUUGAGAGGCUGAUCCACCCCAACGACAUCCUGGAUAAGGUGGUCUACGACUUGGACAUACAGAGUUGUACAGUGGUUGACGGCGGCGAAUCUCUGAAGUUCAACUCUCAGUUUGAGUCUGGCAACCUGAGGAAAGCAGUUCAAGUCAGAAAGUUUGAGUACGACCUGGUCCUAAACUCCGACAUCAACAGUAACCACUACCACCAGUGGUUCUACUUUGAGGUGAGCGGCAUGCGCGUGGGAGCCCCCUAUCGCUUCAACAUCAUCAACUGUGAAAAGUCCAACAGCCAGUUCAACUACGGUAUGCAGGUUCUGAUGUACUCUGUACAGGAGGCCAUUAGCGGCAGGCCCCGUUGGGUUCGCACCGGAACGGACAUAUGUUACUACAAAAACCACUUCUCCAGGAGCUCGAUAGCAGCAGGCGGUCAGAAGGGGAAGUCCUACUACACCAUGAACUUUAGCAUGACCUUCAACCACAAGGACGAUGUCUGCUACUUCGCUUACCACUACCCUUACACCUACACUACUCUAAAGAUGCACCUGCAGAAGCUGGAGGCGCUGAGGACCCCUCAGACCUACCUGCGCGAAGACGUCCUGUGUGAGACUCUGGGGGGCAAUAGCUGCCCCCUCCUCACCAUCACCGCCAUGCCCGAGUCCACCAGCAACGACCAGAUCUGCCAGUUCAGGAACCGUCCGCUGGUGUUCCUGUCAUCGCGGGUGCACCCAGGGGAGACCAACGCCAGCUGGGUGAUGAAGGGCACCCUGGAGUUCCUGAUGGGCAGCAGCCCCCUGGCACACAGUCUCAGGGAGGCAUACAUCUUCAAGAUAGUCCCCAUGCUCAACCCUGACGGAGUGGUCAACGGCAAUCACCGUUGUUCUCUGAGCGGGGAGGAUCUGAACCGACAGUGGCAGAACCCCAGUCCUGAGCUGCAUCCUACCAUCUACCACACUAAGAGCCUGCUGCAGUACCUCGCUGCCAUCCAGAGGGCACCAUUGGUGUUCUGUGACUACCACGGUCACUCCCGGAAGAAGAACGUGUUUAUGUACGGUUGCAGUUUGAAGGAGACUGUAUGGGAGACCAACAUCAGCGCUACAUCCUGUGAGCUACAUGAAGACCUUGGUUACAGGACUCUGCCUAAGAUCCUGUCUCAGAUGGCACCGGCCUUCAGCAUGGCCAGCUGUAGCUUUGUGGUGGAGCGCUCCAAGGAGGCCACGGCCCGUGUGGUGGUGUGGAGGGAGAUCGGAGUCCAGCGCAGCUACACCAUGGAAAGCACACUCUGCGGCUGUGACCAGGGCAAAUACAAGGGUCUUCAGAUAGGCACCAGAGAGCUAGAGGAGAUGGGAGCCCAGUUCUGUGUGGCUCUGCUAAGACUGAAGAGACUAACUUCCCCCCUGAAGCUGAGGAACCACGCACACCUGCUGGAUGUCGAGAGUGACCUUAUGGAGACACGCUGCAAAGUCUCCAGCAACCCGAGUACGUACUUGUUGGAGGAUGAAGAGGCAUCCUUCAUGGAGGAGGUGGACUACAGCGCCGAGAGUGGCGACGAACCCGACAACGACCCCAACACCGCCGACAACCACCUCUCCGAAUCCAACAACCAUAGAGACUCACUCACCUAGCUCAAACCCCCUGAUCACUACCCAACCCCAACCAGAUAACCCCAUUUUGCUCUGAAGUUACUUACUCCUCUCCCUCUGGCCUUGGUGCAUCAUGGAUACCACAUCCAUGCUAUAUUUGCCUUGCAUAUCUCAUGCAGAUUUAGAGCGUUAUAGAAUGAAUAGACACGUUAGACAAGUUAACACAAGGGUUUUGUUGCAAUGUCGCCAUUUGUCAUGAAAAGUGUUACACAAAGAGAAUUUCUAAAUCUCUAUUUACGUAUGUCUAUAGGUAAUUCUAUGGUUAGACACAAGUUGAGAUGGAAUGUACACCUUGGUUGUAUUUGCAUAAAUAGUACAGUAUGUCUCAAUGACCUACUAAUAACAGUAGCGCACAAUUGGCAUACCGGAAAGGUAGCAAGCAAAGUAGAACCAUUUGCACAUGUAACACAUCAACAUGCAUACCGUACGCAUGAACACAGGUACAGGGCAGAAGAAAAGGCACUUUUACAAUCCUCACCUCACAGUAAAAGGUCAAAAGCUCAGGCCAAAACUGACAUUUAUGUUGUGGAUCUGUUUUGUGCUACUGAGAAGUACAUGUAUUUCUGUAGUCUGUCUGUAAGCUUAGUUGGUUGUCUGUACAAUGCAAUGGUACUGAGUUUUAGGAAGGAUGGUGCUAUUUGGGAGUAGUUUAGAGAAUAUUUAAAUAUAUAUAUAUAUCUUUUUAACUUGUAUUUUUUCUAGAUGUAAGUAGGUAUUACGUUUUGGUUGUGUUUGUACAGUCGGUGCAUAGCUAUUUAAAUGUAAUUUUUCUUAUUUAUUUAGUUUGAUUUUAUUUGUGAGACGCAUCCUGUGUGUUUAGUAGAUGGAAAUGCUAGACCACCAUAGAACUGGGCAGCCAAAUGCUCUGUGUUUGUGGGAGUAAAAAAAGAAAACUGACUAAACCUUUUAAUUUGAUUGUAACACAAAUAAGUUAAAGCUUGCAAUGAAAUCAUGGGAAAUAAAUGUGAAUGUGAAAAUA